AUUUGGAGGGGAGCUAUAAAAAAGCAAAACUGGUUUUCAUUAUCAUAUCCAAGAAAAGUUAUCUGAGAAGAGAAACAGAUCGCAUCCAUCAAACAGAAAUCAUGAAUGUGGGGGAAGAGGUGGAGCGACUCAAAGAAGAGAUCAAGCGUCUCGGCCAACCCCAAGAUGAUGGCUCCUACAAGGUCACAUUUGGUGUCCUAUUCAACGAUGACAGGUGUGCAAACAUCUUUGAAGCUCUAGUUGGAACUCUACGUGCUGCAAAGAAGCGUAAAAUCGUAACAUAUGAUGGUGAACUGCUGUUGCAAGGAGUCCAUGAUAAUGUCGAAAUUACUCUCAAACCAGAAGCAACAGCAAGUGAUGCAGUUGUAAGCAGCUGAAUAUCUGCAAUAGCCUCCUGGUAGUUCAGGGGCAAACUUGUUGCACUACAGUGUGGAAGUAUUAUGCGGAUUGAAAUCUAUGUUGUAUUUUAUCUCGAUGAACAAUGGAUUGUUCAAAACGUCCAAUUUAGGGAAGGCUUGUUGCAUUAAUUUUUGAUGUAUUUCCAACUUCCUGGGGUGAGCUUUGCCUCUUGCUGGGCUUUAGUCCUGCUGGAUCGUGUAAGUACACAGACGCCAGUUGUAUAUCUUUCUUACCUUUGCUGAAACCUUUUUACCUUGAAUGAAAUAAAUGUUGAUGUAGAA